UUGACUAUCGGGAAAAUGGAGGGUCCCUGCAGAAUCAUGGCCUGAAAGGGACUGAACCAAAACGAAAAAAAAAUGGCACCCGCGCAUAUGGCAUAAUCAAAUAAACAUUAUUGCCUGUGUUGCUGAUACAGAAACUUUUAUGUGAUUUUUCUGGCUACUACACACUGAAGAACUGCUAUGUAUGCCAUCAACUGCUGGUGGAGAGGCAAUGAGGUCUUACUGCGAUGGAAAAGUAAUGAAUUCGUGCUGCGAUGGAUAAGGAAUGAAAGAUUGCUGCGAAAUGCGUAUGCGCUAUUCCUGGGUCAAGUCGUUUCUUUUCUAGUUGCGUUUAGCAGCUUCUUUUCUUCUUCUGUAAUCGAUCUUGGUGUGAAUGUGCCUCUCACCCAGAGUUUCUUCGCUUAUCUGUGCUUAGUUCUGGUUUUUGGGACUAUCAGGCUGGGUAGGCGUCAGAACAUACGGGUUUCUUGGAUUUGGUAUCUCUUCUUGGGCUUUGUUGAUGUUCAAGGGAAUUAUCUUGUCAAAAAAGCAUACCAGUAUUCGUCAGCUACUAGUGUGACGUUAUUGGAUUGUUGGACGAUACCAUGGGCCAUGAUUUUCACAUGGAUCGUUCUAGGCACCCGAUAUUCCAUAAGGCAGUUCUUUGGUGCAGCCCUGUGUGUUGCAGGCCUUGCUUCAGUGUUUCUCUCAGAUGCUGGGGUGGGUGGUGGAGGUGGUUCGAAACAUAUUCUUGGUGAUACACUCGUCGUUGCAGGAACACUUUUCUUGGCCAUGAGCAAUGUUGGUGAGGAAUUUUGUGCCAAGAAGAAAGAUAGUGUUGAAGUAGUUGCAAUGAUUGGUGCUUUUGGACUGCUAGUGAGUGCAUGUGAGAUCUACAUAAUGGAGUUUGAGACUCUGAAGUCUAUCAAAUGGUCUCCAGAUAUUAUACUAGGCCUUGCUGGUCAUGUUCUAUCAACCUUUCUGUUCUAUACUCUUGUUCCUUUUCUUCUCAAGCUCAGUGGAGCCACAAUGCUCAGUCUUUCUCUUCUUACAUCCGAUUUGUGGGCAGUGGUUAUUCGCGUCUAUUUCUACCACCAGAAGGUUGACUGGUUAUACUAUCUUUCUUUUGCAACCAUUACUAUUGGACUCAUCAUUUAUUCGAAAGAUGAGGGGGGUUCCAAUAUAUCGGUUUUUGAGGAUCAAAACCUCAAUGCACAAUACCAAGAGCUCAAUGAAGGGAGUGCAGGAUGUAAGAAUGAAACUUCUUCAUGAGGGUCACUGUUGAGAGGCAAUCACGGAAAUUCAAACCUUCAGUAGGCUGUAUAUUACUUGAAUUUAAAAGCACUUGGAAUAGAAGCCAGAUAUGAUAUACUAUCUUGAUAGGGAUGAAGUUGUAGCCGCAAAAUAAAAUGUAUGUUCUACCUGUUGCUGCUAGAAGCUCUUUCCUUGAAAGAUUUAACUUUUCAUCCCGAGGAUGCGGCUCACUUUCUUCUGAGAUGGCUGAUCAUCUACUGUUUGGUUGAUGUUUUUAGUUGUUCCUACUGCCCAAUAUAUCAUAAUGUGAAGCAUCUCAGUACAUUUAUGCUGCUAUCAA